UGGUGAACAGGCAAUCAGCAACUAUUGCAUCGAUGCUGCAGACCUGAAGGCACCUCGACCAGGCAAAGACAGCCGUACAAUAGUACUGUAAUCCAACGGGUAGACCUCACACAUCCAACAGUAGAUCUCUGUCCCGAAGUCGCGCCGAAACAUAUCCGUCAUACCAUUGUCACUCAUCAAAAGGCUUGACGAACCCUGCAUCGACUAUGUCAACCUCGACCGACUCGUAUCAGCUUUCGGCCGUUCUGCACGGCCACACAGCAGAUGUCCGAGCCUUGUCGGUGCUCUCGGACGAUCAGCUCCUCUCCGCUUCGAGAGACGCUUCGGCGAAACAUUGGCAGAGAGAUAUCAAUAGCAACGACUGGCAUGAGACCAAGCAUUUUGCAGAUGGUCAUGGCAAAUUCAUCAGUGCGGUCUCCAAUCUGACACAUCAAAACCAAGCAUACUACGCGCUCGGUUCAGCUUCGAGCAGGAUCUCGUUGCACGCUGCUGGUUCCGAGGACUCGAAGCCGGAGCGAGAGUUGACGGGGCAUAGCAAGAAUGUCUGUGCCCUGGAUCGCGGCAAGGACUCGGAAGGCCGUGAUGUCUUGAUAAGUGGUAGUUGGGAUCAGUCGGCAAUAGUCUGGAAGAAUCUGGAACCUGCUCUUCGUAUCACAUCGCACUUGCAAGCUGUUUGGGACGUCAAGUGCGUUGGCACCGACAGGUACCUCACUGCUUCGGCCGACAAGGUCAUACAGCUGCAUUCGGACGAUGGCAAUCUGCUGCAGACUUAUGCUGGGCACACGGAUUGCGUGAGAAGCUUAGCGUUGACUGUAGAUGGCAAGGGAUUCUGGAGCGCGGGGAAUGAUGGCAACGUCCUCUUUUGGUCAUUCGACUCUCCGAAGCCACUCAAGACCUAUCACGGACACAGUUCGUUCGUAUACAGCGUUGCAGCUCUUCCAGACGGUAGCGGGUGUGUGUCUGCAGGCGAAGACGGCACAGCAAGAGUCUGGCAAAAUCAUCAAUUGAUUCAAAGUAUCGCCCACCCGACCGUCUCGGUCUGGACGGUGGAUGUGCUUCCGAACGGCGAUAUCGUGUCUGGAGCAUCCGAUGCUACCGUUAGGGUCUGGACGAAAGCGGAGGCCAGAUAUGCCAGCCUCGACGAGCGUGAAAAGCUAGACCGCGACUUGCGUACCAGGGCGUUGAACAAGAGUCAAGUGGGAGAUGUCAAUAUGACCGAUUUGCCCGGUCGAGAAGCUCUCGGUCGACCUGGCAAGAAGGAAGGACAAGUGAUCAUGGUCAAGAGCGGCGACAAGGUAGAGGCAUAUCAGUGGGCCUCUGCGUCGACCACAUGGCAGCAAAUCGGCGAAGUGACCGAUGCGGUCGGGUCCGGGAGGAAGCAAAUCUACCAGGGUGUAGAGUACGAUUACGUCUUUGACGUGGAUAUCGCUGAGAAUAUGCCGCCUCUCAAGUUGCCGUACAAUGCCACCGACAACAUGUACACCGUUGCCGAAAAAUUCCUGUUGAAGAACGACUUGCCAACAACAUACACCGAUCAGAUCGUGAAAUUCCUAGAGACCAACACCCAAGGCACCACUAUCGGAACCGGAUCGUCUUCUGACCCAUUCACCGGGGGCUCUAGUUAUCGGGCUUCGGGCAACCAAGCAGGAGCGAGUGCAAACAAUUACCGGGAUCCGUUCACAGGAGGCGGUGCGUAUACGGCUGGUUCCUCCAAUCUCGAUACAACGCCGUCGGCCAGCAGUCCGGCUGCCGCUGCAUCGGUAAAGCCUUUCCAGCCGAUCAGAAGCCCUCAAUACUUUGCGACCAUCAACAUUGAACCCGUCAAGAAAAAGAUUGCCGAACUCGCGUCGCAGCUCCCAUCCGAUAUCAAUUCUGGAUCGCGUAUGGCGGAGCUUUGCGACCGCCUCUCGGCGAACGGUCCAUCGGGGAUGAGUCAGGACGACGUCGCUUACCUCAUGCAGCUCGCGAACGAUUGGCCCGUUGACAAGCGAUUCCCUGUCCUUGACCUUGCGCGGUAUCUGUGCGCCACGAGCUCGACAAUGGUAGAAUUUACGACCGGUCAUGACCUCUCUAUCAUUGACUCGUUGUUGGGUUGUUGUGAAUGGGCAGCCGAAUGGCAAGACAGCCGAGCGAGAGAGACCAACACGAUGCUUGUCAUGCGAGCCAUUGCCAAUCUGCCAGCGACGGCUUCGGGGCGACGCGUCGUGGCCGAGGCUCGGACGCAGGAGCUUCUCGGCUACUUGGCGAGUCAACAAUCGUUUGAGAAUCUGAACAAGAAUACUAGGGUCGCUAUGUCGACGAUUGCUCUCAACCUUUCCGUGCUAGCCUUAGAAGGACAGUUACCUCGGGAACAUGGUCCCGCCAUUUUACAAUUCAUAUUGAACAUAAUCUCCAACGAGACUGGAGACAGUGAGGUAGCUUACCGUGCCAUGGUGGCGCUGGGCAAUACGUUGAGCGUGCAAGAUCUUUCGGGAGCGAUGUCGGUCGGCGAUACACAGAUUGCCAAGGAACUCUCGCAAGCACUUGCUGGCAAGCUCGGCGAAACACGUUUGCGAGACGUGGCGGAAGCGGUCGCGGCCCUAUAAACGGUGGUCAAUACGGCGAAAAACAACGACAAAGAACGAUACGAUCCGAAUCCAUAUGCCAAUAGCCU